GACAUUCUUAACAGACAGACGUCUAUUAGCUACAUAUUUAUAACUUUGGGAUUUAAGUCAUUGAGAUUCCAUAAAACAAAGAGUUUGUUGCUAAGUGCGUAGGGUGAAUGUUUUAACCUGACAUGCCUUUCACUUCUGAGGUCUUUGCAGUGUUGGUAUGUGUUGGCAUGUGAUAGGUGUGCAAAAUUUGAGACUGCAACAGCUACCCAGCUCGAAUGAGGACGACAUUUGCUCAAGGCACUACAGUAGAUGAAAAGAUUGUUCUAGGAGGCAUGGCAUUCUUUGGUUUGGGGUUACGGAUGGCUUUGUUAUGUUUACCGACAGAAUAUUUAGGGAAAACUUUUGUUGUGUUGAUUUCCUGAAAGAAAGCUCCAGGAAGUUAUAACUAAUUAUUUUGUGAAUUUAUGUCAACAAGUCAGGCCAUAAAAAUGAAUAAAUCUGAAAUGGUUUUGAAAACUAUAUGUUGCAGGAAUAUGUUGUACUUGCUACGCCACUGAGCUGGUCAUUUCAUAUUUUUGGGUUUCUUUUUUUCCCCAAGUGGUUUUACCUCCAUUGCAUCACUCUUGUGCAUGUGUCUAUAUAAAAUAACAUAUAGAUAUUAGAAGUACUGGAAAUGCAAAUACCCAAUUAAAAUGACACAGUAUUUUAAAUUUACUACUAAUGAAAGCAUGUUUUCCAGCCUGAAGAUUUCUUUCAGCAUUGUGACAUUUCAGGCCUUUAUGUGACUCAGUUUUGGACACUUGCUUCCUGAUGAACUGAGCUGCCACGAACAGGUACAGGAAAGUGAGUGGAACUGUCUAUGGUGCAAGAUGGUCACCCAAAGCACCACUGUCCAAGAGAAAUAUGGCAGCAAAACAUUUCUUACAGACCAUUUAUACUCAGGAAUGUCUGUCUCUGGGUUAUUAACUUGUGUGUUGUUCUCUAGAGUAUAAGUCCAAUUAUUUAUUGCUGCCACUUUUUUUUCCUGGUGCAUUCAUACAAUUGCAGUCAGAUGUUGACAAACACCAGCUUUCCCUUUGUACAGGUUCUUAGCAAAGUGUCUUGAAAUUGAGCAGACUACAACAUAUUUUUAUCUGCAAGUUACCAUUUGCAAAAGCCAUUAAGGAUAAUCUUUCAAAAUAUAGGACCACGUGACACUGUUGCUGGGGCACUGGAUUGGGUUACAGGCAGAGUUUCACAGCGACUUCUCUUUGCAGUGUGGUGCAACAGAAGUGCUCCCAAACUUAAAGAUAAGUUAUCCUUGAUUUAGAAAAGACAGUGCUUUCCAACAUGUCACUUACAGCCCUGGAGGGAAGAAGUGCUCUGUAUGGGAACUAUAUUUGCCACACAUUUCAGGGAGGCAGCUGGGCGGACAGAUCCCCUCUGCAUGAUGCUGCCUUCCAAGGACGCCUCCUGUCUUUGAAAACCUUGAUUGCACAGGGUUUCAAUGUGAACCUGGUAACAACAGAUCGAGUCUCAGCUCUUCAUGAAGCCUGUCUGGGUGGCCAUGUGGCCUGUGCAAAGCUGCUGCUGGAGAAUGGCGCACACGUCAACGCAGUCACCAUUGAUGGGAUCACUCCUCUCUUUAAUGCCUGCUGCAGUGGCUCUGUGGCUUGUGUAAACAUGCUGCUUGAAUUUGGAGCCAAGCCACAGGUCGGGAACCACCUUGCUUCACCCAUUCAUGAGGCAGUCAAGAGAGGACACCGAGAGUGCAUGGAAGUUCUUCUGGCUCAUGGAGUUGACAUUGACGAAGAAGACGUGCACUGUGGGACCCUGCUGUAUGUUGCUUGCAUGUACCAGAGGACAGACUGUGUCAAGAAGCUGUUGGAACUUGGAGCCAAUGUCAAUGCAGGGAAGCUACUAGACACUCCUCUCCAUGCAGCAGCAAGGAAAUCCAGUGCAGAGAUAGUUGUCUUGCUGGCAGACUAUGGUGCUAACCUGAAAUGCAGAAAUGCUGAACUCAAAUGUGCCCUGGACCUUGCCAUACCCAACAGCAAAGUGGAGCAGGCACUUCUACUUUGUGAAGGCCCUGCCAGCCUUGCCCAGCUGUGCCGAUUGUGUAUCAGAAAGCAUCUGGGUCGAUCGUGCCUAUAUGCGAUCCAUAAGCUGCACCUGCCUGAGCCACUUGAGAACUUUCUCCUACACCGAUAAGCCCAUGACUAUCUUUGCACUGGAAAAGAAAGAGGAGCAAAAGGUUGUGUACUCCAAAAUUAUUAUAUCAAAGUAAAAAAAAUCAAAGACAUCAUUUACUGUCUACUCUGGGUACCAAACAUGGCUGCAGAUUGUGUACAUUGAAGCCAAUGGAAAACAUCUUUUCACAGACACUGAAUGGUGUGGAUACAGCUCCCCCACAGUUUAUUGCCACAUCUAUUUUUACUUAAUUGAGAAGUCAUAAUACAUGAACAACUCAAUCAAUGUGUUUGUAGAUAGACAUACAGUCAUCCAUCCACAGAUACACACACAGGAUUUCCCCUGCAAUUAGUGUUGUCUAAUGAUUAUAGGUGAGUUUUUUUUCCUUUGAUAUCUGUGCAGCUUCUUCCACUUAAUUCUAAAAAGCUCACUGUCAAAAUUAAGGCUGUUAUUCUUCCACUAGUGUGGGAAUGAAAACCUUCAGUAAUUAAUGUUAGGCAUAUUUGUGUACUGCACAUCUUUUGUCCUCUUUGACUCUGCUUCCUGAGAACUUCCCAUGUUCUACUAGAGCUUCCCAUGCUCUAGUAGAUUCAUAGGCACUUCCAGCAGGCUCUGGCUGUCCAGAUGUCCCGUUAUCUGAGCCCAGCUGCCCUCAACACUAAUCCAUAUUCUCUUCCAAGAUGAGUGUGAUGUUACCAAAUCAGAUCUGGGGGCUUGGAGUAAGCCCACAAAAUUAUUUUGAAGUCUUAAAAAAAAAACCCUUGUAUCUUCUAAAAAUAUGUAUAUAUAUAUAUAUAUAUA